GAGACAUCAUGAGCAGCUGCAAUGGAGCACAAGGCAGAAGGAGAGGUGGUUCUUUGCACAGGUGAAUUGAUACUGUACUAAGAGCUUUUCUGUGGCUGCCCAGGCUGUUGGGCAGAUAGGUCAGGCAUGCAGAGCACACUGGGCAGGCUAUAUUUACUCUGGCAGUGCCUCUGUCACCAGGCCAUACAUAGCCACUCUCAUUCAGGGCAAGCAGCCUCAACAAAUCAGUGCUCUGUGGAAGUGCUAAAGGAUCUUAAUUAAAGCUGUAAUGCAAAUGUUUACAAAAAUACCAUAGAAUGCUCUGUCUGGAUCUGGAGUCUUCAUAGCCAUGCCAUGGGUAUCUUUUCUAUACUUGCUCUGCCAUUGCUUCUCUUAGGGAUCAGUGGAAUUAUUUAUAUUUACCAGUCAGUCAGGUGGCUGCUGUCCAAGUCAGCGGUGCAGAACAAGGUAGUGGUGAUCACAGAUGCCAUCUCUGGACUAGGCAAGGAAUGUUCUCGUGUGUUUCAUGCAGGAGGAGCAAGGCUUGUGUUGUGUGGCAGGAACUGGGAAAAGUUAGAAGCCUUGUAUGAUGCCUUGAUUAGUGUGACAGACCCCAGCAUGACAUAUGCUCCAAAGCUGGUACUCCUGGAUAUCACAGACAUAAGCUGCAUUAGAGAUGUAGCUAAGGAAAUCCUGAACUGCUAUGGCUGUGUGGAUGUGCUGAUCAACAAUGCAAGCAUGAAGGUGAAAGGAGCAGUGCAGAGCAUUUCACUGGAACUUGAUAAAAAGAUAAUGGAUGCCAACUAUUUUGGACCUAUAACAUUAACCAAAGCCAUUCUUCCUAACAUGAUCUCAAGAAGAACUGGCCAAAUUGUUCUCAUUAAUAGCAUCCAAGGGAAAAUAGGAAUUCCAUUUCGUGCAGCUUAUGCUGCUUCCAAGCAUGCUGCUGUAGGUUUUUUUGAUUGCCUUAGAGCCGAAAUGGAAGAAUUUGAUAUUUCUGUCAGCACUGUGAAUCCAACCUUCAUCUGUUCAUACCAUUGCCAGCCUGCACCAGGCAACUGGGAGGCAUCUAUUUGGAAAUUCUUUUUCAGGAAGGUGUCCUAUGGUGUGCACCCCGUGGAGGUGGCAGAGGAAGUCCUUGCCACAGUGAGCAGGAAGAAGCAGGAGGUGCUCAUGGCCAAUCCCAUCCCCAGAGCAGCAGUUUACAUUAGAACAUUCUUCCCCGAGCUGUUUUUUGCCAUUGUUGCCUCAGGGAUUAGGGAAAAGCUGAAGACAGAAGAGGAAAAUUGAUUUUGUUCAAUUAUUUUCCUUGGUUUUGACCUUAAAAAAAAAAGGUUUCUGUUUUGAAAGUGAGUGACUUCUGCUGCUUGCUAUGAGUCAAAUAAUGCCACUAUCACUGACACACACAUUCAUCUAUAAAGCUUCUACUCUUGUGGUUUUAGGGAUUAUGACAAUGUUCCUUUGGAACCAAACUGCUCUUGCUGCUGCAGUCCCAUUGCUCAUGUAACUUCCAGCUCCAGCUCACUUUCAUAGCUCAUUCUCCAGUAGAACCACCAAACAUGAAAGGAAUUCUGAGGACUAAGGAGUGUGUCAUCUUGCAGGGACAUGAGCCUUUUGCUGUAUCUGUGAUUGAGCUGCUCUGGCUCCAAGGACUCUCAGGGAGGUUCUCCCCACUGGGAUGAAGGGUCAGUUCCUGCAGCCCCUGCUGGAGCUCCAUCUAUUUUCUGCUGUAGCACUGGGGUUUUGUUGUACUGUGAGUGGCUAUGCCUUAACUGGGAAGUCAAACAGUCAUUUUUUCAAAAUUUUCUGGGUCCUCAGCAGAACUCUACUCCUCCAAACCAAUGGGCAUUUGCUGUGAUCUCAGUGAUAUUUUUUCUGUACCUCAGCAACAGCCAAGUCCCCCACAUUUCCAUAAGAGCAAGAUGCAGAAUAAACAUGAUUUGAUCAGAAAAGGAUCAGGCACCACAGGACAUCCCACCUGAACAUGAAUCAACAUUGUUUGUGGUUUCCCAUCCCUGGAGGUGUCCAAGGCCAGGCUGGACAGGGCUUGGAGCAGCCUGGGAUUGUGGAAGGUGUCCCUGCCCAUGGCAGGGGUUGGAAUGGCAGAGAUGCUCUUUGAGGUCCCUUCCAACCCAAACCAUUCUGUGAUUUCUAUGAUUUCUAUUACUGGUUUUCUUUGUUGUAAAACAAGUGGAUUACUUGUUAAAAUAAGCUGAAUAAUCCUUCUGUUCUAGAGAUCAGCAGAAAUUCUUCACACAAUUUCACUUUGAAAAGUGAGCAGGUCAAGGAGCACAGUAGAAGGCAGUGAAAGAGGUAAAAUAACACCUGUAUCCUAUCAAGAAAGUUUUAAAAAACAGAUGUAUUUUUAUCUAGAAAGUAGAGGAAAGUUGUAUCUUGAUGAUUUUCAAAUCCCUGAAAUGUACUGAAGAGAAGGUAGGACUGGCCUGUUCUCCAUUUCUGCUGGAGCAGGACAAUGUGCUAAAAUUACUGCAAAGGAGAUUUCCAGGGACAGCAUUUUCUGCUAAGAAUAGUUAAGCACAAAGGAUAAAUUGCCACAGAAAUUUUCAAAUGCCUGUCUUUGGAAGGUUUAAAGAAGAGAUUAAUGAAACAUCUGUAAAAAAGCAAUGUAGUUUUAAUUUAUCUGCCUAGAAGAAAAGAAGGAUUAGAUGACCCUUUAAAUGGGUCACACUUUUCUCCAAUUUAGUGGCUUUUUCUCAUCUUGAAGAUGAGGUUUCUCCACUGGUAUUUCAGAUGCUUUUUUUUUUUCUCUCUGGGGAAAUCUAUUAUUUAAUCUGAAGAUUUCUAUUUCAUUUGUUGAUCUCUGUUUCGCCGUCUCACCUGUGGAUAUAUGUUGUACAUAAAAAUAUUAUGAUGAGAAAAAGCAAUAUUAGGAUGAGUUCAGGACAGCAGGAAUUGCAUCCCAGAGAUUCCCAUUUCUCUCACUAACUGGAAAUCAUGACUACUGUGUACUUAUGUCACAGGUGUCUGAAAUUUAUUUAAAUGCUAUAGUCAUCAAAAUUGCUUGGAUCUAAUGAAUCAGAAUAAAAAUGCUGCUGGUGUUUUCCUCUGCUUUCAAAUCAUGUGGUUCCAGGACUUACUGGGUGUCAAAAGUUAAAAUAAGGGCCAGAAUAUGAAAUUGUGGCUUACAAAUAGGGAUAAGAAAUCUUACAUUUCAUCAGGUUAAUUUAUCUACCAGAUAUCCAGCAGACAACAUAUAGCUUCUUGAAUGGUUACCAGGAGAAAAACAGACAGUUGGAGAUUUAAGAAUGGAUCUGGAUGGAUUCUUACUGCACAAUUAUUUAAAAAGCCCUUGCCCACCUACAGCACUUUAUAUGCAUUCAAACCAGGGUAAGAAACAAUUCUGGCUGUGUUAGUAACCUGCAGGCUAAGAAAAAAAAUCAUGAGGCAUUUGCUGAAAUUGGAUUUUUCAAAGGACUUAUAGGCAUCAACCAAGUAUGUUCCUAGAUGAGGUAGAAAUUCUUCCAUGAGACCCAGAACAACAUGAGAGGGGUAAAAAUCCAUUGUAAAAAGAGUUAGGGUUGACAAAAAGCAGAAAGUCUGGAAGAAUUCCUCUGUCAGUGAAGCUGUUAGAAACACAUCCAUCAUAAAUAAAUGUGUGAAA